AUGGGCGUCAGGUCUCUCGUCUCAUUCGGCUUUGUCCUCAUCCCUAUCGCGGUCACCAUCAGCGUACUACUGGGCAUUCAAGCAUAUCGCGAGUCCAAAGGACUUCCCUCGAACCCCUUUAUCGACAACUCGAUCAAGUCAUCAGUAUAUUGUCAAAAGGCUUUCGGUGUCCAUCCGUUCUCAAAUGGCCAAGAAUAUACAUUAAACCCAAACCAAUGGGCACUCCCCGACGACUAUACUGGACCAGGCGCAUUGUGUAUGAAUGUUACCACUUUGAGCAAUGGCUCUUACCCGACCAAGACCACCGCCCCAGAGUGGUCGAUCACUUGGCAGUUUCCCCGUGGUCCUCCCACACAGCCCGUUCACGCAUUUUCCAAUAUCAAACUCGACUCGAAUGUGUUUCCGAUCGAGAUCUCCCAGGUCUCUGCUAUCAACUUUGAGACUGAAUGGUACUAUGGAGUUGGCGAUGAAAGACCCGAGGCUAUGAACAUCGCCGACCUGACUGCUGCUGCACUGGAUGCCAAUGUGGCAGUCGAUAUGUUUUUGGAUUCCGAUCCGGACAAGGCCACCAACGUCGAGGAAGCCAAGUACGAAGUCAUGAUUUGGCUGGGUCAAUUUGGUGCGUCGACGCAGCAGAUUGGUCUGGCAGAAGGAGCCAUCGCCACCCAGGUCGUCAACGGGACCACCUUCUCGCUCUAUUCCGGUGUCAAUGGUCUCGGCCAAAGCGUCCUUUCAUGGGUGGCUAGCGAUGCUGCGGCUGGCGUGCAAACCUUCAACGCCGAUAUAGGCCCUCUGCUGCAAGGUCUGACCGGGCUGGGAGGCCCUACUGUGAAUGACUAUCUUGGAUAUAUUGCAUUCGGUUCCGAGGCCCUUGAUUCGGCGACGAACGUCACUUUUUACAACAAGGUGCUCUCUAUGGAUGUGAUCUCUUUGUGA